ACGCAAACCUGAAAAGAAAGGCAACAUCCUGUAUCCUGGAGGACCCCUCAUUACCCUCUGAAAUUUGCCUGCCAAAUCAUCAUCUCGUUAUCCUGACGCCCACAAACCCAAAUCCCUUCCUCUUCGAUUCAAACCUUGACACUCACCAACAAAACAUGUCCUUCCCUAGGAUUCCUCUGUCUAGGGUUCCUUCGUAUCUCCACAACAGCAACAACUGCUUUCACCUUCUCCACCCGCCCUUUAUCCCGGUAUCCAAAACCCCAUCAUUACCCACUUACCAAACUGCUCGUGCAUACACUGAUUUCAAUUCCCAAACACAAACACAGCCCCCUCUUUCACUACCCUCUUUAAUACCUUCUCCUCCUGUUAAUAAUCCCAAUGCCACUCAUAGAUGGAAGCCUAUGUGCUUAUAUCACACACAUGGCAAGUGUACUAAGAUUGAUGACCCUGUUCAUGUAGAGAGGUUUAAUCAUGAUUGCUCUAGGGAUUUUCAAGUCAGUGCUGCUGAUUUUGAACGAAAAAGGCCUCAAGAUUUUGACUUUUUCUUGGUGUUUGAUUUGGAAGGGAAAGUUGAGAUUCUUGAGUUUCCUGUACUGAUAAUCGAUGCAAAAAAUAUGGGUGUUGUCGAUUUGUUUCACAGGUUUGUAAGGCCUACAGCAAUGAGCGAGGAAAGAGUAAAUGAAUAUAUCUACAACAAAUAUGGAAAGUUUGGAGUUGAUCGUGUGUGGCAUGAUACAGCCCUCCCAUUUAAUGAAGUUCUUCAACAAUUUGAAUCAUGGUUGACUCACCAUAAUUUGUGGGAAAAGACUCGUGGUGGGCACCUUAAUCGAGCAGCUUUUGUAACUUGUGGAAAUUGGGAUGUGAAAACACAGGUCCCUCAUCAAUGUUCUGUGUCCAAGUUGAAGCUCCCCCCAUACUUUAUGGAGUGGAUCAACCUGAAAGAUGUCUAUCAAAAUUUUUAUAAUCCAAGAAAUGAGGCCAGAGGAAUGAGGACAAUGAUGUCGCAGCUUAAAAUACCAAUGGUGGGAAGUCACCAUCUUGGUCUUGAUGACACAAAGAAUAUAGCAAGAGUCUUGUUGCGGAUGCUAGCUGAUGGUGCAGUAUUGCCCAUUACCGCCCGGAGGAAGCCUGAGUCACCAGGAAGUGUUAAUUUUCUGUACAAGAAUCGCAUAUAAUGUUGUUGGUUGUAGCUCUGCAACUGUCUUUGUAAACCUUUCUUUGUUCGUCAUGAAGUUGUAAGAGUUGAGUAUUCCUUCAAAACUUAG